GCGAGUGUUCCCCCAGCUGCUUCCUGUCUGUGUUUUGUAGAUAAAUGUGAGGAUUUUCUCUAAACCCCUCUUCUGCUUGCUAAAUCUCACUGUCACUGCUAAAUCCAGAGCAGAUAGAGCCUGCGCAAUGGAAUAAAGUCCUCAAAAUUGAAAUGUGACAUUGCUUUAACAUCUCCCAUCUCUCUGGAUUUCUUUUUUGCCUCAUUAUUCCUGCUCACCAAUUCAUUUCCAGACUUUGUACUUCAGAAGCAAUGGGGAAAAUCAGCAGUCUUCCAACUCAAUUAUUUAAGUGCUGCCUCUGUGAUCUCUCGAAGAUCAAGAUACAAGUCAUGUCGUCUUCACAUCUCUUCUACCUGGCACUCUGCUUGCUCACCUUCACCAGCUCUGUCACAGCUGGACCGGAAACCCUUUGCGGGGCUGAGCUGGUGGAUGCUCUUCAGUUCGUGUGUGGCCCAAGGGGAUUUUACUUCAACAAGCCCACAGGCUAUGGUUCCAGCAUUCGGAGGGCACCCCAGACUGGCAUUGUAGAUGAGUGCUGCUUCCGGAGCUGUGAUCUGAGAAGGCUGGAGAUGUACUGUGCCCCGCUCAAGCCUACAAAAUCAGCCCGCUCUAUCCGUGCCCAGCGCCACACUGACAUGCCCAAGACUCAGAAGUCCCAGGCCCUAUCUCCAAACAAGAAAACGAAGCCUCAAAGGAGAAGGAAAGGAAGUACAUUUGAAGAACGCAAGUAGAGGAAGUGCAGGAGACAAGAACUACAGAAUGUAGGAGGGACCUCCCGAGCAGCCGAAAAUGCCAUGUCACCGCAGGAUCCUCUGCUCCGCCGGAGCAACCUGCAAAACCCUGAAACACCUACCAAAUAAUAAUA